ACUGUAGUAGAGUAGGCAUUGUAGGAAAUUUGCAAGAGUGUUGGCAUUGCACAAUGGUCUGUUUUUUAAAAUUUCUCAUUUAAGCUAUUCUCUUACAAGUUAUUUAACUCUGUUCGCACUGAUAAAGUAAAAACAGUAAAACAAGUGGUUUGCAAAAAUCCCUGCAUAAGCACUUAAUUUUGUCACAUUUUUCUCCUAAAUUUUUUCUUAGCAACUACCCUUUUUAUUAUUUUGAGACUAAACACAGCACCUCCUUCUUGUUAUUCAUUUUGGAUAAGCUGUGAGACACAAAGUGUCAGGGAAGAUCCAAAUUCCUUAAUUUAGCCAUACAGGCAAAGAAUGAAGUCAAGCAAAGAACAUUUUAAGUAGUUUUUACAGUAGGUGAUGUGUCUCUGUAAUUGCCUUGAGAUGACUGCUGUCUUUCAUCAUAUUAAAUGCAUUUAUUAUGUUUAGAUGCAAAGUCACCUCAUUCUAACAGAGAGGAAACUGAAAUAUGAAAAUGCUUUAACUGCUGCUUGUAGUAGUAAAGGGAAUCUCAUGAUCACGUUCUUCUGGAUAUUCCUAUUGCUAGAGAGCAAAUGAAUCACUAUCGAGCUGCAGCUGAAACUGCUCAAAGUGAACUUGCAGCACUUUCAGUGAAGUAUGAUUGUGCCCAGUCAGAGCUUCUUGAACUCAGGUCCAGAAUGGUCUCUAAAGAAGCCUCUUUUCAAGAGCUGAAGGCUGAAGCUGAAAGUUACAAGGAAAACAAUGCUAGACAGAUGUGUCGUCUCCUCUCUUUGCAAACCCGAAUUCAGGAGAUGGAGGAAGAGGUGUGUGUGCUCACCACUUCUAAAAACCAGGCUGAGCUGACAGCUCAGGUGGCAUUCAAGGAAAACUGGGAGCUGAAGGAGGAGCUUCAUGAGCAAAAUGCCAAACUUAAUAAAUAUUUGAAUGAGUGUGAAGAAAGCAUGAGUCAAGCUUCUAAAAUCAGCAGAAAGUAUGAAGAGUUCCUUACAGAGCUUUCUGGAUUCUUGGACACAAACAUCAGAGAAAAAGAGAAACCACAAGAGCAUUUAACAUCAAAGGUGUCUGAAAUAUGUAAAGAAAAUUUGACAUUAAAAGACCAGGUUGCUGCUCUUCAAGAAGCUAUCAGUGUCCAUGAGAUGGAGUCCAAAGCUAGUAGAGAAACUAUCACAAGGCUUGUUUCAGAAGUGACCAAGGAGCAGAAAAAGGCAGCAGGAUACUAUCAAGACAUGGAAAAAUUUAGUAAGGAUCUGGACAGUGCUAUAACAGGGAGACAGAAUUUGGAGAUGGAAAUUAGAAACCUCCAAGAUAAACUGACUGCUAACCAGAAAGCUUUGGAUGCCUCAAAGCAGGAACUGCACAAUCUGAAGAAAUCUUCCAGUGAGCUGGAUAGAAGCUUGAAGAGCAGCAGAGAAGAGGUCAGGACUGCUCAGACCUCUUUAGUGGCUUUUAAAGAGCAAAUUGCUACUCUACUCAGCGGUAGAUCUGCAAUAGUUAAACCUUCUGAGAAGGCCAUUUUGGAGAGGAUCCAAGAAAUAAACUGCGAAGAGAAGAGUAAAGAAAUAAUGGUAUCUCAGCUUGAAAGCCAAAUAGCUAAAUUGACUGAAGCUUUGGAAAAUCAGACCAGAUUGUACCAAGAAGCUCUGGAGAGGAGCAGGAAAGCUGAAAAAUGUUCUGAGACUUUCCAGGAUCAACUGAAACACUUGGAAGAGGAAUUACUGUCUGUAGAUCUGAUGCAAGAUGGUUUGAAGCUUGAGAACCAAAAAUAUCUGAAAUUUCUGGAGCAACUUAAUGAGAAGAUGAAGUUGGAUAGCCUAGCAGCAGAGGUUGGAUUUGAUAUGAAUGCGGAUGCAAUCGUAGCCCGGGUAGAGCAGUUGGUGAAACUGGAAGGUGAUGCAGUGAUUGAAAACAAGACUAUGGCAUAUAGCCUAAGAAGGAAGUUGAAGACUCAGAAAGAAAAACUUGAAAGCAAAGAGCUGCACAUGAACCUUCUGCGACAGAAAAUAACCCAGCUAGAAGAAGAGAAGCAAGUAAGGACCACCUUAGCUGUGGAGAGGGAUGAGGCCAAUCUUGCUGUCAGAAAGUUACAUAAGAUGAUAGAGAGGUUACAGAAGCAGCUUGAUCUGGCGAGGGAAAUGAAUACUGAUCUUAAAGCCAAGCUGUCUGAAACCAAUGAACUUAAGAUCAAAACUUUGGAGCAGAACAGAACGAUAGAAGAACUCAGUAAGUCUCAAGGCAAAUUGGAAAGAAUGAAAGAAAAGGCUGAGAAACAACUUACCUCUGUCAAAUCAGAACUCCUUUUAAAGGAGCAUAAAGCUACUGAAGAUAAAGAAAAAAACAAAACUAUGUUAGAAGCAGUUACCAAUGAGAUGAAGGUGCUUGAAACAGCCCUUGCAGAAUUAGCAAGAAGAGAGAGACAGCUGGCAGAUUUCCGAGAGGUGGUAUCACGGAUGCUGGGCCUCAACAUUGCCAGCUUGGCUCUUCCUGACUAUGAAAUUAUUACACGUCUUGAAGGGUUGAUUCACUCUCAUCAGCACCACUGCUUCCCCUGUGUCUGCCUCAAAGACGUGGCAAGGGCACCAGAGGAACACUCACAAAGAAACAUAGAGCUUCUUCACUGAAACACGUUUUUUAAGGAGACAGAACAAAGUAAAAUUUUCCUUUUUGCUUCCCUACCUGCUAGUUGUGCAUACAAAACAGACAUUUCUGUUCCCUACUCUACAAAUACCAACUUGGGCUGCUUUUUAGUGUUUCAGUAGGGAGACUGAGCCAAAUGGAUAGAGUAAAGCCAGCAAGCUAGAGAUAGCAAACAGAAAAUCCCUGGGCAGCAUAAUACUUCAGUUAUGAAAAUGAUAGGCAAUAUGUGAACAAUGUAUAGCUCUUCAGUUGCAGAGGCAUUGAAGGCAUGGGCCACCAGAGGUCAGUUCAUGGUUUUGGGAAGUGCUAAUGACAUGCUAAUGAAUGUCAGCUUCAGUGACAUUCCUUGUGCUUUACCUCUGGGUGACAGGGAUGAAAUAAAGUGGGGGUUGUCCCGCUGCUGUUCCUCUUGCAAAAUGGGACCUCUCUCUGCAUUUUUACGCAUAAGGACUUUAGCUUCAAGACAGUUAGCUGCAAGUUAGACAAAGGACUAUCAAUUUUGGAACAAGGGAUUUUCUUCUGUUGUUUUCCUUAGUCUGCUCUUGUGCCAAAACAAAAAGUUACGCUUUUUCGGCAAAGGCUCUUUCACCGGGUGCAGUCAUGUGUCUGACGUAGAUAGAUUUGAUAAAAUUGCAUGCUGCUCCUGGUCAUGAUGCCUUGAAAAUUUUUCUUCUAGCUGCUGUAUUCCUUGGACAAUUAAUCCAUAGGCCAAAUAAGAGGCAGUUCUUCUGAGUUAAUAAAGAGUUAUUUUAAAAUGCUUAUCCACUACAGUAAAUAGUUGAAUUACUAAAGUCUUUAUUUUCAGAAAAGCAAUGUUGAGGUGUCCAGAACUACCUCUUAAUCAUAAAAGCUGCUUGUCUAUCACCCUUUCUGAGUGUUAAACUUCAUGAUUUUUUUAAAGAAAUUUGAACAAUAAAUCUGUUUUAAUAGCACACUGAAA